GAUCUCCACAGGCGCAGUUCGGCCUCCACCAUGAAGCCCUCUGCAGACAUGCUUCAGAUAAUCGCCUGCACCGUCCUCAUCCUCGUGAGCUUCGUAGGAAACGUGUGUUUAUUUUAUUCCACAAGUAAGUGCCUCACCGGGGGCCUGCAGACAUCUUUUCUCCUCAUUAUCAGCCUUGUGUUUGUCCACCUUAUUAAAAACCUGGUGGUGAACAUCCUCAAGAUUGUUUACUCUUCCGGUAUCUUGCUGGACUCAGUUGGCUGCAAAGCUCUACACUUCACCGCAGCCCUGACAACUUCCCUGACCAUCUGGUUCAUGUUACUAUUUGCCUUGUUCUACCACCGGAAGCUUUACCAAAUUGUCUACCCCUUGAGCGGAGCUGCAAACCUGAACCAACAGAAGUAUUCUGUGAAGGGUAUUUCUGCACUCUGGGUGGCUGGUGUGGCAGUGUAUAUCCCAGUGUUGAUAUAUACUAGAAAACCAGAGAGCCUCAAUUCUGGAAAUGAUACAGGCUCCCUGUCUACUAAAAGAAUUUACAUGGACUGCCUAACUGGCUUUGCAAAUGAGCAGGUAGAGUUUUACUAUGGAAAAAUAUUCUUAGUUCUGAUUGAUAUUCUUCCUCUGGCUAUCUUAGUAUUUGUCUGUUUCUGGAUGGCUCUCCUCCUCUUAGAGAAGAAGAAGAUGACAUAUGGCGACAUCUGGGUUGGAGAUGAUGACUCAGAAACGGAGGUCCUCCGAGGGGCCAAGUUCAGUAUCUUGUUAAUGCUGCUCAUCACCACGCUUUGGGUCUCUCACUUUAUCUUAGUCUAUUUUUUGAAGGAUUUGGCAGCGUGUGUCUUUAUCCCAGCUGUUCUUACAGCCCUCUCCUCUGGCUUCUCUGCUCUCAGUCCUUUCCUGCUUAUGUUGGUUAAUUACAAAAUGAAGCUGGUGUCUCUCUGUGGAGCCCAACGGGAAAAAUCCACUCCACAGCCUCCAGACGUCAUUCUUUCUCCGUAUGCUUAAUGGCUGAGGGAAUGGGCUCAAGUGAAGCUUGAAAAAGCUGGCCCUGUCACUGAAGGGCAUGGCUGCAGCUUUCAAAGACCUCAGCAAAUUUUCCAAAAAGAUGGCUAGAAAACUGACUCCUCUAGGAAUUGAUUUCUUAGAGAGACUUUACAAGUAGAUAAAAAAAAAUACUAUGUUGUUAUAAACUGAAGAAAAGCAGCCAUUAUGACAUUUACUAUUUAGGCCAGGGGUUCUCAAACUUCUGAAUGCUGCAACCCUUUAAUAUAGUUCCUCAUGUUGUGGUGACCCCAACCAUAUUCUUUGUUACCUUAUAAUUGUAAUUUUGUUACUGUUAUGAAUCUUAAUGUAAAUAUAUGAUAUGUAGGUUAUCUGAUAGGUGACUCCUGUCGGGGUUGCGACCCACAGGUUGAGACUACUGGUUUAGAAUAACACUGUGCAUGAGUGUGAAUAUGUAGCUUUUCUUUUUUUUAAUGUAGAAUUUGUAAAGAAAGUCAGUGAUCAUCAGCUUGUAGAUGAGCUUAGCAGGGGUACCAUGUUAAGUAUUUACACUGUGCAAUAUGUUGUAUUUUUAAAAAGCAACGUUGUUGAAACCGAGGUCAACACUUCCUAGGUGAAUUCCUCUAAGUGCUCCUGAGGAAGCUGCACAUUUCUGUCCUGUGUUUUUCCUGAAAGGUCUCCAGACACACUGCAAGUGUGUUAGGUAGGUGUUCAGUGUUCAGUGUUUACAGGUUUAAUUAUACUAUCUCAUGGAAGCUGGGAGCAGAUUUGAUUCAUUGUCCCUAACCUAAGUCUUUAGUAAAAUACAGCUAGAUAAAAAGUAUUGAAUUAAAGUGUUAAUAUCCGCUUAGUCAUAUUCUCAAGAAUGGAUGAUGUACAGAUAUUCUGUUGCCCUUGGCACGUAACCCACUCUCCUUGCUUGAUCAUAUAAACACAAAACUGCAUUUUGGUUUUCCUUCAGAAAAGAAAGGAUAUUGAGUUUAUAGAUAAUGUAUUUCUUCUUUUGGUUAUUAAAUGGGUGUAGUUACAGAAAGACAAGAAAAAUACGAGAUAAUUAUUUGUUUUCUAGAUUUGGGUUCAAUUUUAAAGGCACAUUAUAGUUCCAAUUAAAAUUAGACCAGUAAGGUUUUAUCUCAGUUUUUACUUUUUAUUUGUGUAGUUAGUCACUGUAGCUGCGGAAACUCUUUGAGUCCAGUAAAUAAUUAUUUUAAAUGUCUACGCAUAAAUUUGUAUACAAAGCAGCACGUUUAAAUCUAAGUCUGAAUAAUUCUUAAAAAAAACAAAACUUUCUUGCACUAGCAAUAUACCUAGGGAUUUUCCUGCAGUUCUAGUGAAUAGAUCUCUUGAUGCUGAGAUUCUUGCUCUAAAAAGACUGUCACAAUUAUAAAUCUGGAUGCCAUUUACAGAAGAGUCUUAGAAUAUCAUAGUUGCUAGGCAGUGCUGUAGAGAAAGUAAAUUUUAAAGAAACCAAAGCCACAAUUCUGUAAGGACUGUGCACCAGUGUGUGUCCCUUGUUUGACACAGAGAAUGUUUUAAAAGUCAGACUUAAGAGCUUCUGAGACUUCCGGGUGGUCUUCAUGGGAAAUGCUUAGUUGAGUCCACCGAGGCAGUUUAAUCAGAGGGCACCAGGCACAUAUCCUGGAUAAUGAAGUUAACAUCUGGAGAGAUGGAGGAUGUGGGGAAGAGGUCGCCAUCUUUUAAUUAAAUGCAGAUGUAGCCAAAGCUAGGAAUAGCCAUUGAUCUUAAGUCGUGGUUCUUAAAUGUGGUUCUGGGACCAAAAAGAAACAGUGUGACCCAGGAACUUGUUAGAAAUGCAGAUUCUGGGACUUCACCUCAGACCUGUGGAAUCGGAACGUUUGGGUUGAAUGCAGCAAUGUCUUAAUGAACCUUCUGGGUGAGCUUUAUGCAUGGAGCAGCUUGAGAACCACUAGUCUAUGACUGCUCCAACGUUUAAUUCUCACAAAUGGUCGGAAUAAAGCCAAGAUAACUG